CUUGUUACGCAUUACCAGGCUGUGCUGCUGCUGCUGAUAUUAUUAUAUAGUAUACAUAUUCAUUCUUUCCUCAAGGGAGUAGAAGAAGAAUAGUAAUAAAUAAAAAUUCAUUCUCCUUGAAACCCAAACCAAACUCUUAACAAAUUACAAGGAGGCGUGUGUGGGGUGAUUAGGACAGCAGCAGACACAUAUAUCCCUCACGAGAUGGGUGGUUCGUUAUCAGCAGUGUCCGAAACAUCCAUCCAUCAGUUCACCGUCAAGGAUAGUUCCGGCAAGGAGGUUGACCUGAGCAUUUAUCAAGGGAAAGUUCUCCUCGUCGUGAACGUUGCUUCUAAAUGCGGUUUCACGGAAUCCAAUUACACCCAGCUAACAGAACUUUACCAGAGAUACAAAGAUCAAGGGUUUGUGAUAUUGGCGUUUCCUUGCAACCAGUUUAUGAACCAAGAGCCGGGGACAAGCCAAGAUGCUCAUGCAUUUGCUUGUACAAGGUUUAAGGCCGAGUACCCCGUUUUCAAAAAGGUGUGUGUAAAUGGACAAAACGCAGCACCAGUCUACAAAUUCCUCAAGUCAAAGAAACCAACUUUCUUCGGAACUAGGAUCAAAUGGAACUUCACCAAGUUCUUGGUCGGCAAAGAUGGUCAAGUCAUUGAUCGUUAUGGCCUAACUGUUCCACCUCUCUCCAUCGAGAAGGACAUCAUGAAAGCACUUGGAUAUGAAGGAGAUGUUUCCAAGUAUUGAACCCUUGACGAAGACGGAGAGGCUCUUGAAGUUGGACUGGCUUGUGUCUCAAGUUACCGAAUGACAUUAUCACAUGUAAAACCCUUUUCAGCUCUCUUUUCUAAUUAUUUUUUGUGUGUGUGGUGGAGCAUUAAUCUCUAACUCUUCCUGCUCUGACUCAAUGUGUCCCUGCUAUGGUAAAAGAGAUGCAUACACAAGUUUCUACAUUUUCUUA